CUUCUUCUCCGCUGUCUGAUGUCUUGCCGCGAGGGUUUUGAAAGAGGCAAGCUGAGGUCGCGAACCUAAGAAUUUGCGUCUCAUGCUUCGUUGGGGUUUAUCUGCAAAAGCCAUCUACGUUCGAUUCUCGGCAUUGCGAUGGCUGGUUCUUCUCGAGUUCAAGUCAACAAGACCCACAAAACACGGUUCGCUUCGAAGUCAUCUCGCAACAUCCACAAAACUUCGCUCAAAGACAAGAGCAAGAUCGCAAAAUCAGAACGCAAUGUUGGCAAGGGAGCUCGUGCUGCUCGAAUGCAGCGUAAUAAGAUGAUAAGGGAGCAGAAAAGGGCAGCUAUUUUGAAAGAGAAAAGGGCUUCAGGCGGAUCAACAAGUCCUCCUCGUGUUAUUGUUCUAUUCGGCCUUUCUGCUUCAGUGAACCUAAUUUCACUUGAGGAUGAUCUUUUGGCGUUGUUAUCAACGAAAGGAACUGAAGCUAGGUUUCCAACAGUCGCUUCUUCUGAGUAUAAGUUGAGGGCAACGGUACUAAAAGCACCUUAUGGUGAUCUGUCUUCAUGUAUGGAAAUGGCCAAGGUUGCAGAUUUGAUUGCUUUUGUAGCAUCUGCAAACUCUUCAUGUGAAGAAGAGAGUUCCGACUACUAUAUCGAUGCAUUUGCAUCUCAGUGUCUUUCUGUUUUUAGAGCUCUUGGUUUACCAAGCACUGCUGUAUUGAUUCGUGAUCUUCCUAAUGAUCUGAAAGGAAGAAAUGAUUUGAAGAAGACAUGUAUUUCUAGCCUCACUGCUGAAUUUCCUGAGGGUUGUAGGUUUUAUCCUGCGGACACAAAGGAUGACUUGCAUAAGUUCAUGUGGCUGUUUAAGGAGCAAAGGCUCACAGUUCCUCAUUGGCGAAACCAGCGUCCCUACCUUAUGGCUCAAGAGGUUGAUUUGGUAGCUGAUGAUUGCAAUCAAGGGAAAUGCACCCUUCGUCUCACUGGUUAUUUACGUGCUCACUGUCUCUCUGUAAAUCAGCUGUUUCAUGUUUCAGGUGCCGGGGACUUUCAGUUAUGCAAGGUCGAACUUCUCAAAGAUCCAUGUCCUUUAACUGUGAGGAAAGGAGGGGAUUUUAUGGAUUCAGAUGAAGUACAAGAUCUGCAGGUCGUUCGUUCUGUAGACCCUGAUCCUAUGAAGCAAGAGCCUUUACUUGUUGAAAAUGUUCCCGAUCCUCUUGCAGGAGAACAGACAUGGCCAACUGAGGAGGAAAUGGCUGAAGCUGAUAGAAAUGAAAAGGAGAAGCGAGUGAGAAGACGGAUUCUUCCUCGGGGAACCUCUGAAUACCAGGCUGCUUGGAUUGUCGAUGACUCAGAUGUAGACGAUUCUAAUAGCGAUGAUGAUUCAGAUGAUGCAGAUGAUGGCAUGGUGUUGGAUGAAAAAGAUAGUGGUUUCCCUGGCCAAGAGGGUAAUGACAAAUUGGACGUUGAUGAUGACCAGGCUUCACUGUCACUUAGUUUCAGAGACUCAGAUGAAGAAACUGAAGUUGAUUCAGUGAUUAUGGGAGGUGAGAGUUUGACAAAGGAGCAGAUAGAAGAUGACAUUCAGAAAAUCAAAUCUGCACUUGCUCAAGAUGAGGAAUACCCGGACGAGGUGGAUACCCCGAUAGAUGUUCCUGCUCGAAAACGUUUUGCCAAAUAUAGAGGCCUCAAGUCCUUCAGAACCUCAUCAUGGGACCCUAAAGAGUCCCUACCUCCAGAUUAUGCAAGGAUUUUUGCCUUUGAUAAUUUCAAAAAAACUCAGAAACAUGUCCUUGCAAAAUCUCUAGAUAUGGAACAAGGGAGUGCAGAUGACUGCAUACCAGCAAACUCCUAUGUAAGACUUCAUAUCAAGGGAGUGCCAAUUGGUGUUGCUUCCAAAUUAUGUGUGCUUGCAAAGACAAUGCCUGUAAUUGCAUGUGGCCUUCUGCAACAUGAAUCCAAAAUAUCUGUCCUUCACUUUAGCAUAAAGAAGCAUGACACUUAUACUGCUCCUAUUAAAGCCAAAGAAGAACUAAUAUUUCAUGUUGGUUUCCGUCAAAUUGUCUGCAGACCGAUAUUUUCUUCUGAUAAUAUUAAUUCAGAUAAACACAAGAUGGAGAGGUUUCUUCAUGCAGGGCGAUUUUCCAUAGCUUCAAUAUAUGGUCCAAUUUCUUUUCCUCCUCUUCCUUUAGUUGUUCUGAAGAAUGAAGGAGAAAGGUCCUCGCCAGCUGUUGCUGCUGUGGGCUCAUUAAGAAGUAUUGACCCGGAUAAAAUUAUUCUGAAAAAAAUUAUUUUAACCGGUUACCCACAAAGAGUAUCAAAAUUGAAAGCCUCAGUGAGAUACAUGUUUCAUAAUCCGGAGGAUGUGAGAUGGUUCAAGCCCGUGGAAGUGUUCACAAAACGUGGUCGGCGCGGUCGCAUUAAGGAACCUGUUGGUAUACAUGGGGCAAUGAAGUGUAUCUUAAAUGGGGUCCUCCAACAGAACGACACCGUAUGCAUGAAUUUGUAUAAACGUGCAUACCCCAAGUGGUCACAACACCGGUUCCCAAUUGCCGACGCUUGAUCAGAGGCUGCCGGGGCAAAAGAAAAGAGUGUGCCUUUGUCACCGAUGGGAAUGAAGCUUUGGUUCAGAUUCACUUCAAAUUUUGUGUUUGCUGGCAUGUUACAUGCAGCGACGAGUUCUUUAGCUUCCGUGGUUGCUGGAGAAGCAAAAUUUUUGCCAUUUUAUUGGUUUCUCAUUCGGCUAUUAUAUUGGUUGGUGUUCGACGUGUAAUCAUGUAAAAAGUUUGGUACAAAUGAGAAUGAAUUAGGGCAUUUGUUUCCCUGAAUUUGAGACAAUAUUUGACAUAUAAAUAUUCAAUUUAUGCCAUAUUAAUUUUGAAGUA